AUGGCACGCACUAGAGGAGGGAGUGUUAGUGGAGGAAGGAGAACUCCUCGCAACAAUGGAAACCGGAACACAGAGGCUCAUCCUACUGGACCUAGGACGCCUGGCAGAAACAUCCAACAACAACAGACAUUCAUCAUGAACACUUUGCAGAUGAUGACAGGAUUGAUGUAUGGCCUGACGCAGAAUACAUCUUCAGGAGGAACAAGUACGGAUACAAACAGAACGACUAAUGGUGAGGCAAGGGGAGUAACUCACCAACAGUUUAUGAACUUGCACCCUCCGACGUUCCAUGGGAAAGGCACAGCUGAUGAUGCUGAACAGUGGAUAAUAGAAACUGAGGAAAUCUUUUCUACCCUGGAAGUGCCUGACAACAAGAAGGUUCGAUAUGGAACUUUUAUGCUAAAAGGAGAUGCUAAGGAAUGGUGGCGGACUCAACGGGAAUUGAAGUUCGCAAAUCACGAAGCGACUUGGGCAGAAUUCAAGGAAGCCUUCACACAUGCCUAUAUCCCAACUUUCACACGGGAGAAACGCAUGCAAGAAUUCUUGGAGCUUCAGCAAGGGAGUUUGAGUUUGCAUGAGUACGUCGUCAAAUUCAGACAUCUGGAAAAAUAUUGCCUACAUGUGUAUACUACUGAUGCGGACCGAGCAAAUAAGAUGCAAGGGACAGAUAGGAAGAGUGAAUCUCUGCGACCCAGGUCGGGACCUGACAUGUUUAAGAGAAGGCGCAGUGACAGGGGAAACCAAUGGGACAGAUUCAAGAGACAGAGGCCAUCGACAUCCAGGGGGGACAGUGAAUGCCCCAAGUGUCAUCGCCAACAUCCUGGUAAACCAUGUUACAGAGAUAUCGGAGCAUGUCUUUACUGUGGAGCACAAGGUCAUUUUAUUCGUGAGUGCCCAAAGAAGAAAGAGGUAGAGCAGAGGCGUAGUGCAACCAAUCAGCCAGCAGAAAAGAAGGUACCUGGCAGAGUUUACGCGACCACGGUUGAAGAGUUGAAACCUACUGACGUAAUUGAAGGAAUGGAUUGGUUAUACCAUCACUACGCAACGAUAGAUUGCAGAAAAAAGAAGCUGAAGAUUCAGUUGGAGAAUGGUCAAAGGAUCGAAUUUAGGGUAAAAACACCCCAAGAUCAAAGAAAGUUAGUUGUCUCAGCAGUUAAGGCAAGGAAAUACAUGGAAAAUGGGUGCACUGCAUAUUUGGUUAGCAUGGACGCAAUCGAGCAGAAAUUAAAACCCAUUAGUGAGGUGCAUACGGUGAAGGACUAUGCAGACGUGUUUCCUGAAGAUUUACCUGGAUUACCUCCUGUACGAGAGGUGGAGUUUGGCAUCGAAUUGAUACCAGGAACUGCACCUAUUUCUAAGGCUCCAUACAGAAUGGCACCAGCAGAACUAGAAGAAUUAAAGAAACAGAUCCAAGAUUUGGCCAGCAAAGGAUUUAUUCGUCCAAGUGUGUCACCUUGGGGAGCACCGGUCUUGUUUGUAAAGAAAAAAGAUGGGUCAAUGCGGUUGUGUAUUGACUAUCGCAUGUUGAAUCAGGUUACAAUCAAGAACAAAUAUCCAUUGCCUAGAAUCGAAGAUUUAUUCGAUCAAUUAAAGGAAGCAAAGGUGUUUUCUAAGAUAGACUUGAGGUCGGGAUACCAUCAAUUGCGAAUUAAGGAAGAAGAUAUUCCCAAAACAGCAUUUCGCACACGUUAUGGGCAUUAUGAGUUUCGAGUGAUGCCUUUUGGACUCACAAAUGCCCCAGCAGCUUUUAUGGGUCUCAUGAAUCGGAUAUUUCAUGAGUACUUAGACCGAUUCGUUAUAGUAUUCAUUGAUGAUGUGCUAGUAUACUCCGAUUGUGAAGCGAUGCAUGCGGCACAUCUCGAGUUAGUGAUGAGGAUUUUGAGAGAAAAUCAACUGUAUGCCAAAUAUUCCAAGUGUGAGUUUUGGCUUGACAAAGUGAAUUUCUUGGGACAUGUAAUAUCUAAGGAGGGAGUGGCAGUUGAUCCGGCCAAAGUGGAAGCUGUACAACAAUGGAAUGCGCCAACUAAUGUGUCAGAAAUCAGAAGUUUUCUUGGCUUGGCAGGUUACUACAGAAAGUUCAUCAAGGAUUUUUCGAAGAUUGCAACUCCAUUGACUAAACUGUUACGGAAAGGAGUGAAAUUUACGUGGACAGAGGAUUGUCAGAAGAGUUUUCAGAUGUUGAAAGACAGUUUGACUAGUGCCCCAAUUCUAACACUGCCAAAUGGGAGGAAAGGAUUUGUGGUGUAUACCGAUGCUUCGGGAACAGGAUAUGGAGCGGUGCUUAUGCAAAAGGACAAUGUUAUAGCUUAUGCCUCUAGACAACUAAAACAACACGAGAAGAACUAUCCAACACAUGAUUUGGAAUUAGGAGCGGUGGUGUUUGCACUAAAAAUAUGGAGACAUUACCUAUAUGGUGUGGAAUUUGAAGUAUUUUCUGACCAUAAAUCCCUCAAAUAUUUGUUCUCACAGAAAGAAUUAAACCUAAGACAAAGAAGAUGGCUGGAAUAUCUCAAAGAUUACGACUUUGAAAUAAAGUAUCAUCCAGGAAAGGCCAAUGUGGUAGCCGAUGCACUCAGCAGAAAGACGACUGCUAAAGCUAGUGGACUAUUAAUGCAGACAUGGAAUUUGGUGGAAGACUUGGAAAAAUGGCAUCCAUUGCGAGAUGAUAAUGGAAAGGUGAAGUGUGCAGGAAUAAUUCGAGAUAGCUUCCUUGAUGAGAUUAUUGAGAAACAAAAACAGAACUAUGAAGAAGUCGAUUUGCAAGAGGACUUGACAACCGAGGAAAAGCCGUUUCGAAUCAUAGACCGAAAGGAGCAUAGGAAAAAGCUCAACGGCAAAGACUUUGAGAGAAAGAGGGAGAAGGUGAGGAAGAGAUCCUCAUUUGUGUUGCUAGAAAGGAACGAGAAGCAAAAAGAGGUUGCUGCUGGAAAUCAAUCUCGAUUAGAAGGUAUGGGGAUUUUCAGCCAUGAUUGA